UCCUAAGAAUCCUUAUUCCUUUUUCCUAAGAAUCUUAUCGUUUAAAAACAUUAUUUUCAAAGUAUUUCACAUUCUUGAGUCCAAAAUAAGUGAUUUUUAUUUUAUUUUAUAAAAAAAUUAAACCUAGAAUUUAAAUAUAAAUUCUAAAAACCAGGCUUAAAGGAAGCUGCUAUUGUAAUAUCUCCAAAAAUAGUAUACUAUUUCUAAACCUUUUUUUUUAUAAAAAAGACUACAAUUUGAAACCAAUUAAAGAGUCCAUCAUACCCUGACUACUCUGCAAUUAGUGGGUAUAAAAAGCCGUUGCUGUGAGCUCAUCGGAUCAGUUUGAAUUCCACUCGACGACUUGAAGAUGACACUCAUCCGGAUCUCGCUGCUGCUGCUCAGUUGCUGCUGCUUGCUGCUCAAGGUCUCCGCUCAGAUACCCAUUACGCCCAGAGAGUGCCCGGCUAAUGAGAAGUUUCUGCCGUGCGGCCCCAGCUGCCAAACUGAGUGUGCUACCCUGGGGGAGCCGUGCCUGAUUCGGCAUAUCCGCUGUCCCGACGGCUGCUACUGUGUGGAUGGUUAUGCCCGGGAUGCGAGUGGCAGGUGUAUACCCAUUAAUAAAUGCAAAAAAAGGGGCAGACCCUAUUGACUCAGCUGAAGUUUUCUGAAAUCUGAAAAGUAAAAACAAUAAACAUGAAUUAAGAUUAACGCGGAA